CCUGUGCCGGCCCCGGCGUGGCGGGAGCGGUAGCCCCGGCCCGGUUGCCAGUCCAUCCCCACACCCGCGGCGGUCUCGCUGAGGGCUCGGGCCGCAUGGCGAAGCAGAGCCCCGCGGAGCCCCAGGCGCCGGGGCCGGGUGGCGCGGCUCGCAGCAAGGGCAGGAGAAGGAGGAGGAAGAGGAAGGUCCGGGGCGGCCGCGGGGAAGCGGCGGCGGGGGAUGCGCCGAAGGGCCCCGGCAUGGCGGCGGCCACGGCCGCUCCCCCACGCAGCCCCCGGGAGUUCUCCUCCAACUGGAAGGCGCUGCAGGAGCUGUUGAAACAAAAGGCAAAUAGCUCCAACGGGCCCCUCUCUACUGGGCAAACACACACCAAAAAGAAGCAUCCAGUCAAAGAGGGAAAUAACCAAGAAGUCCCAGCUGUCAGUGGAAAUGGGAAUGUAGUAAAGAUCAAAUCCACAAAUAAAAUGGAUGGUGGUUGUGCUAAAGACAGUCCUCCUUCAGCUAAGCCAAAACCCAAGAGGGUUGCAAUGGAUAAACAUGUAAAUGGCACCAAAAGUGAUGGAAAAGAUGGCAAAGAAAAAAAGAAAAAAGGCAAGAUUUUAAAGGAAAAAGAUGAUAUAAAACAUAAGAGGAGGAAAGCUGAAGAACAUGAAGAGCAGCAACCCAAAGAGGCUGACAUCUGGUUUGAUGAUGUUGAUCCAAAUGAUAUCGAAGCAGCAAUAGGACCUGAAGCAGCAAAAAUUGCUAGAAGAAAUCUGGGACUUGAAACAGGCCCAUCCAAAAAGUCUGUGGAGCAGGUGCUGGUUAAAGAAAAGGCUUUUGAAGGGCUGACACGAGCUGUGGCCAUGGACUGUGAGAUGGUGGGUGUGGGACCCAAGGGUGAAGACAGCAUCGUGGCUCGUGUGUCCAUCGUGAACCAGUUUGGAAAGUGCAUUUAUGACAAGUAUGUGAAGCCCACAGAAGAGGUGACUGAUUACAGAACAGCUGUCAGUGGCAUACGCCCUGAGAAUAUAAAGACAGGUGAAGAUUUUAAAACAGUGCAGAAGGAGGUUGCUGACAUCUUGAAUGGCAGGAUUCUAGUUGGACACGCUUUGCGCAAUGAUCUAAAGGUUCUAUUUCUUGAUCAUCCCCAGAAGAAGAUACGUGACACACAAAAAUACAAACCUUUCAGACAGAGAGUCAAGAAUGGACGGCCAUCAUUGAAGCUGCUCUGUGAGAGAUUGCUAAAUGUCCAAGUGCAGACAUCAGAGCACUGCUCGAUUCAGGAUGCACAAGCAGCUAUGAGACUGUACACCCUGGAGAAAAAGAAGUGGGAAGCUGCUGUUAGGAACAAAUCUAACAAGAAAAAUGCUAAAACCUGAAUGGUUUAUCUGCAGCAUUUGUUGGUUUCGUGUCACAUUCCAGGGCAAAUGUAGAGAAUUCAGAACUGACAGCAGCUACUUCAUAAAAAACAAUCAAAAGACAAUAGUUCCUACCCUGGGACAUACAAGGACACUUAGUGUCCCCUUUCAGGAUGGUACCUACACCCAAUGCCUGCUACUGUGUUUAAACAAGACUUGCAACAAAUGUCUUUGUCAAGUACACUAUCAGUUCAGUUUCCACAAAGGAAAUAUACACUGAAUAAGUUUCAAAGGUGUUUUUAAAUUAUGAUAGAUGAAGGAAGAAGCUGUCAUUGCUUUGCUGAAACUCCCAAGACUAAAAUCUUUAUUUCAAGUACUUGAACGUCUACAAAGUAAGGCAAAUUGUGAAUUGUUGCUGUUAGUCCUGCAGUUGUGGAACCUAAAUCAACAAAACAAGUUUAUAUGUGAUUAAUGGUCCAAUAUUAAUCUUACUGGUGAGAACAAUCUUUUAAAAUAGUCCUGGAGGAUCUAAGCUUUUAUAUCUGAACCAGAAACAGACAAGUCUUGUUCUUACACAAAAAGCUGUUCUUUUACUUCCGCAGUUUCAAAAGUGUUGCAUCCACAAGGGUCACAAUCUCCUGGGGAGAAACGUGAGAAUUGUCAAAUACAAGAGUACCUUCACUUAUUUUUAUAUUCCUUUAUUAAUAAAAAGAUUGUGUCAGCACAGGCCUUUAAAA